AUGAGUGACCCUAAACCAGAGUCACCACAACCGGAUGCCAAAUCCAAUGUCAAACCUGAGAUCAAGCCACAGCCUCCCAAAAAGAAGGGAUUUUCAAACCCCGCAUUACGAAUGAUGGGAAUCCCCAGAAUUUCACUUCCAUCGCGAAACUGGCUCAUCUUUUGGUCAGUUCUUGUAGGAGUUGGAUCAUCAAUAGCCUAUGACAAAUACGAACAGAAACAGGUUCGUAAGAAAUGGAUGGCAAGUGUAUCUCAUUUGAGCGAGGAAGUAUACACCAACGAUAGAAUACCUCGAAAAUUGACGAUUUAUAUUGCACCUCCACCAAAUGACUUUCUUGAUUCAUCAUUAAGGAUAUUUCGCAAGUUCAUCAAGCCUGUGUUGAAUGCCGGGUCAGUCGAUUUUGAAAUCUUUAGUGAGGGCAGACAGGGGGAUAUCAGAUCCAGUGUGGCUCAAAGAAUCAGGGAUUUGCGAAUCAAGGAACUUGAAAAGGGGAAAGUAGUGAAAGAGUCUAAAUCCAGCGAGAUAAUCGAAGAACCUGAAUAUGUCAAAAGGUCAGAUUUAUACAAGCCAAGUGAUGUUCUCGGGUUGUACAAGAUUUUCCCCCAAAACAUUGACACUGUUUCUGACGAUGCAAACACAGAUGUUGCAGGAGGUGUUGUAUGUAUCGGAAGAGGUGCAUUCAAAGAGUACAUUAGUGGUGUACAUGAAGGUUUACUAGGACCAUUACAGAAACCGCAAGCAAUUGCUGAUGAAGAAGCGCGUAGAGCUGAACAGAAGGCAAAAGAUAAAGAGGAAAACCCAAGCAAGUAUAGCGAUGAUGAUGAUGACGAAGACAAUGAUAAUUUGAAACCAGUACCGAUGAGAUUCAUCAAGUCCUCAGAAUAUGCAAAUGCACCUUUGGCACCAGAGUUUAACUUGGAUACAAUACUCAAAGAUGACAAGGGGAUUCCUUAUUUCUUUGAGCAACCAGUUUACGUGUUUUCUGUGCCCACCAUUCAAGGGUUCAAGAAUGUGCCACGUAAAGUAUACCGUUUUUUCACUAAGAGAUUUUUUGCCGACGACUAUGGAGAAAGAACGACUCAUAUUGUGAAUAAAGAUACCAGACCGUUUAAAGAAAAGGAUAUUUUAAUGGCCAAGGAAGAAGAAGUGGACUGGCCACCAAAUUGGGUUAAAAGGGGUACUGAAAGGGGAUCGGAGUGGGUCCAAGAGUUGGCAUACGACGAUAGAGUAAUCUCGAGAAUGAGAGUCUUUGAUGAUAAAAAGUAG